CGUAAACAAAACAAACAGUCCCUGCAGUCAUUUGUUUGGAAGGCCGAAUUGUGCGUAGGAUGAUGAUAGGCCAACCGCGUGCAAGAUGGUAAACGAAUAGCAUGCACAGCCGGCAAUAAUAUGAAAUAAUGUAUUUCAUGCGCAGCACCACAUAGUUCACAGAACAGGCUUUAUCUAUGAGUGACUGCGGUGACUCCCUGCCUGCGUCGGGGGUGACGACGCCGACCACCAGGGCCAGGAUCGAGGCACUCACAAGGGAAGAGCUCAUCCAGAGAUGCAGAUCACUGCUCUCUAUUGCCCACAAGGCUAAAGUGGCAAAAGAUGAUGCCGUAAAGCAAGCCGAGGUCCUCAGACAAGCGUUGAUAUCAAACGAGUCGUCUCAGGACGCCAAUUUGCAAACACUCAAAGCUGAAAAGAAUGAUCUUGAUGAACAGCUGUCGCGGCUGCAGAGCCAGCUGGAGGAGGACCUGCUGCCGUUCAAGCAGAUGGCCGAGACGUUCAAGGUGCGCUGGCGCGAGGCUGUUGAGGAGCUGGCCGCGCUGCGCGCCCUGACGGAGCGAGGCGACGCCACACAGGCCGCCCUGGAGCGGAUGGUCGCUGGCCUCGAGGAGGUGCGCCAGGGUCGCGCGGAGCUGGAGCGGCGCCUGGAGACAGAGCUCCGGCAGCGUGACCAGGCCGUGCGCCAGCUGGCUAGCCAGCUGACGGCGCUGGAGGCGGCGCUGCAGACGGACAAGCUGGAGCUGCAGCAGCGCGGCGCCCAGCUGCUGGAGGAGAUGAACGCCAUGAACGAGACGUUGAAGGAGCGGGGCGGCGCCAUCUCGCAGCUGGAGGAGCUGCUGGCGGUGGCGCGGCGCGAGACAGAACAGCGCCAGGAGACGCUGUCCGCGCUGGAGGCGGACAAUGGCCGUCUGAAGGAGAUGACAGAUGCGGCGGAGAAAGAGAAUGGGACGCUGAGAGAGGCGCUCGAUGGUGUGCAGAUUGAGAGCAGGAAAAAGGAUCUUAAACUGGAGCAGCUGCAGAGUGCUGGAACAAGGGCAGAUGACCUUGCAUCAGAGAGGGACCAAUUGGAUGGACAAGUCUCUGCGCUGAAUCGGACUAUAGAAAACAACAAGGUGGAAAUUAGUGAAAUAAUAGCACGCAGUGAUGCCAUGGAAAAGAAGGUGAAUGGGUUAGAAGCGCAAAUUAGUGAGUUAAUUGAGCAGAACCAUGCGUUCAAAACGAAGGCACAUGAGUUGGAAGUUCAAGUAAAUGAGCUAACCGAACAGAACGAUGCGUUCAAGACGAAGGCACGUGACUUGGAAGUUCAAGCCAGUGAGCUAACCGAACAGAACGAUGCGUUCAAGACGAAGGCACGUGAGUUGGAAGUUCAAGCCAAUGAGCUAACCGAACAGAACGAUGCGUUCAAGACGAAGGCACGUGAGUUGGAAGUUCAGGUAAAUGAGCUAACCGAACAGAACGACUCUCUCAAAAAGGAAGCGCAUGAGUUUGAAGUGCUUUGCACCGACUUGAAAGCUAGAUCAGCUGACCAAGAGGAGCGGAUUGGAGUUCUUCAGGCAAAGGCAAACGGUUUGGAAAGAGACAACAAUGCAUUUAACGAUAAUCGAGAGCAGCUAGUGAAAGAAACUGACGCAAAAGUGGCUGAUUUAAACGCGCAGAACAUGGCCCUCAAGUUCAAGAUACAGGAGCUCGAAGAACAAGCAGAACAUAUUAAAAUUAAAGCAAUGGAGAAUGGCGAACAGAACGGCAUUCAUGGACAUUCCCUGGAGGCGUCCAAAGAGGGCAAGCGGUUAGAUGCGGAAGCAGAAGAUGGUGACGUAGGUGACGUCACUGUAGGGACUCACCUGGAUGGUUCCGGUGAAGCGGUGACGGGAGAGGAGCCGUUGGAGGUGCAGCGGGUCGCGACCGUCUGCCAGCCGGCCCCGCGUGCGGCCGCGGAGGCGACUGACGCCGCAGCAGGUGUGGAGCACGGCGGCGCGCCGGAGGCGCGACAGGUGGAGCUGGAGACCGAGAACAGAGUGCUGCUGGCCCAGCUGGACGACGUGCAGCGCGAGAACAGAUGCCUGAUGUCGGAGCUGAAUACGCUGAAGCUCAACAGCUCCGCCAGCACCCGGCUGGAGCAAGUUGAGGAGGAAAAUCGGGCGCUGCAGGCCAAGCUGAAGGCCCAGGAUGUUGCUGAUGCGCGUCAAGACGGCUCGGAGGGGCUGUGCGCGAGUCUCAGCGAUCCGCUGAACCGGCCCGCUGAUCAGGAGCGCUGCGAGGAGGAGCUCCGUCUUCGUGUUCAAUCCCUCCAGACCGAACUGGAGGAGGUUAGCGGGGAGCGGGACCGCCUCCAGUCGAGACUCGCUGAGGUUGAGGCGGAGAUGCGCUCCAAGGAGGUGAAACAAGCGGACCUCGAAGCCCAAGUUUCCUCGCUGGAGAGACAAUAUUCGGUGGUGCGAGACGAGAAUGAAACUCGUAAAGUCCAAGCACAAGAGCUAGAGAAACCGAACGAUGCAUUGCAGUCCCGCAUUGAGAAACUCCAGGACGCGAAUCACGCACUCGAGUCCAAGCUUCUUGAGCUGCGGGAUCAGAAAGCUGCCGUCGAUCGGCGGGAGGCGGAGGUUCUCGAGGAACGCGACGCCCUUAAGGAACUGCUGGCGCGGAUGGAAUCGGAGUUCGCGGACACUAAAAGAUGCCUGGUGGAGGCAGAGGGAGAGAGCGGCUCUUUGCGGGGGAGAGUGGCGGAGCUGGAGUCGGAGCUGUUGGGCGUCCAGACGCGCCUAGCCGAGGCAGAGGAAGGGAGCGGUUCCCUGCGGGGCAGAGUGGCGGAGCUGGAGCUGGAGCUGUUGGCCGUCCAGACGCGUCUGACCGAGGCAGAGGGAGAGAGCGGUUCCCUGCGGGGCAGAGUGGCAGAGCUGGAGCCGGAGCUGUUGGCCGUCCAGGCGCGUCUGACCGAGGCAGAGGGAGAGAGCGGUUCCCUGCGGGGCAGAGUGGCGGAACUGGAGCCGGAGUUGUUGGCCGUCCAGGCGCGUCUGGCCGAGGCAGAGGGAGAGAGCGGCUCCCUGCGGGAGAGGGUGGCGGAGCUGGAGCCGGAACUGUUGGCCGUCCAGACGCGCCUGGCCGAGGCAGAGGGAGAGAGCGGUUCCCUGCGGGGCAGAGUGGCGGAACUGGAGCCGGAGCUGUUGGCCGUCCAGGCGCGUCUGGCCAAGGCAGAGGGAGAGAGCGGCUCCCUGCGGGAGAGGGUGGCAGAGCUGACCAAUCGGCCGCCGCGCGCCGAAGACACCGAGAGCGGUUCGCUGCGAGUCAAAGCCGACGAGUCAGGCACCGGCUCCCGACUCGACCUGUCGGAGACACAGAGCGAGGCGCUGAGCACCAGCACAGCGCUCAGCCGGGCCGACGACCUGUCGCGCAUGCGCGACGUGGAGGACAGCAUCGAGGAACGCUACCACAAGCUGCGGGCGCUGGCCGUCAAGCUGAAGAAGAAGGUGGUGCAGCUGACCAACCAGAGCGCCGCCGAGGCGGAGGCGCGGCAGAAGGCGCAGGGCGAGCUCAGUCAGCUGACUGGCCAGCUGAGCACCAGCAAGAAGGAGGCGGCCGCGCUGCGCGUGCAGGCGCAGAACCUGCAGGCUCUGCAGGCCAGCUAUGACCGGCUGCAGGAUCAGGUCGACUCGCUGACCUCGUCCGACCGUGACCUGCGGAACGAGCUGACCCGGGCCGGCGAGCAGCUGAGCCAGCUCAAGCUUGAGCUGUGCGAGACGCAGGAGCUCAAGAGCGCCGCCGAGGCUCGCGCGCAGUCGCUGACCGAGUCCGGGGCCGAGCUGGAGGCGCUGGAACUGGAGCGGGACCAGCGCUCUGCGGACGACCGCCAGCGCGAGCAGCUGCAGCUGUCGGCGGAGCAGCUGCGCGGCGAGCUGACUCACGCCCAGGCCGAGCUGGCCGAGGCGCGCCGGCAGCUGCAGCACCUGGGCGACGAGCAUCAGACGGCCGAGCAACAGCUGCAGCUGGCCACCGAGGAGCUGCAGCUGGAGCAGGGACGCGUGGGACAGCUGAAGGCCAGCCUGCGGGACGCCAUGGCCAGCAGGGAGGCGCUCGAGGCGCGCGAGGUCGAGCGCCAGCGGGCGGCCGAUGACCUCAAGCGCGACGUCGAGACACUGAAACAGGAGAAGGAGGCCCUGAACCUGGCGCUGUCCGAGGCCGCGCGCAGCUCCACCGGGCUCAGCCAGACGCAGAACGCCCUGCGGCGACAGGUGGAGGCCCUGGAGAGUCAGGUGACGUCGCUGCAGGACGCCCUGUCGACGGCGCGCGCCGACCAGGAGGCGCUGCGUCAGGAGUUCGACCAGUACAAGGUGAAUGUGCGCGCCAAGGCCGUGUUGAAGAAGGCCCAAAUGUCCAAGAAGGCGGAGGCGGACGAAGACGAGCGGGAGGCGCUGCGAAGUAAAGAGGAGAGGAUCGAAGCUCUGCAGCGCGAGGUGGAGCAGCUCAGGUGCGACACCGGCGGUUCUCAUGUCUGCCAGAGUGUGGCUCUCAAACGGCUGGCGGAGGACGCACGCCGCGCCGAGACGGGCUGGCGGCAGCAGUUCGAGAAGGCGCGCUCGGAGCUGACGAAGAGGGCGGAGCAGCAGGAGGAGACGAUCCGGGCGCUGAGACUGCAGCUGAGCAGCGCCGAGACCAGCCAGACGACGCAGGAGCAGCUGCAGUCGGUGAAGACCCGUCUGACCGAGGAAGUCAGCUCGCUGAGGGCCGAACUCCGCGACCGUCAGGACGAGCUCGCCACGCUGCGCCGCGCCGCCAAGGGCCACCAGGCGCACCACAAGCUGCCGCCAUCGCCGAUAGAUGUCACCAGUAUGGAGCGAGAGGCGGCUGAGGGCUCAGAGAACGUGACGCCGCAGCCGGCGCCGGCGCGCGACGCCGACUUCGUGCCGCUUGAGAGGCUACUGAGCUCUGCCGACGACUCGGCCAGUACGGUCAGCCACGCCACGGAGCUGACGUCGACGGAGCGGGACCGGCUGGUGGCCGUCGAGGGCGAGCUGGCCGCCAGCCGCCUCACCGAGCAGCACCUCUCAGCCCUGCUCAACGAGUCGGAGGCCGGCAAUGCCAAGCUGACGCAGCUGUGUGACGCGCUGAAGGAGGAGAUCCGCCGCUCGGAGCGCUCCGAGGAGCGGCAGAAACACCUCAACCAGAUGGAGUACCUCAAGAACAUCAUCGUCAAGUUCCUGACGCUGAAGGAGGGUGACGAGCGGAGCCGCCUGGUGCCCGUGCUGUCCACCAUGCUGCGCCUCAGUCCGCAGGAGGUCACGCAGAUCACUCAGGUGGCUGCCGGCGAGGCUGCUGGAGCGGGCGGCGGCAGGGACCAGGGCUGGGCCAGCUACCUGCACCUGUGGUCUGGCGGCCCCCAGUGAAGGGCCGGCCCGCGACCGAGCCGCCCGAACGCCGCACCUGCGCCGGCAGCAGCGGCGUGCUGGGUCAGGGCCGCACCGGGUCUCCAGCAGGGGUGGCCAUGAGGGCGCCGGCAGCUGCGCGUGCGCGUGUUGGUCUGACGACAGAACGCGACGCUGACCCUAGCGUGGGUCGGUGGGCGGGACCAGUGGCGAGCGGUGACCCACGACGCUGACCCGUGCGCGGGUCGGUGGACGGGUCUGUGGUGAGCGGUGACCCACGACGCUGACCCGUGCGCGGGUCGGUGAGCAGGCCAGUGGUGAGCGGUGACCCACGACGCUGACCCGUGCGCGGGUCGGUGGAGGGGUCUGUGGUGAGCGGUGACCCACGACGCUGACCCGCCGUGGCGCCACCGCCGCGGGAGGCGGGGCUCGCCUCAGAGAGAGCUCCGCUCGCCCCGUGGACAGCGUGGUGACGUCUGCCGCGGCCGGGCCGGCGGCGUCGCGGCGGCCGCCACGCUGGAGGUGCCUUACGUGCUGUGAUAGGCAGUUUGUUACGCGAGGGUGGGAGCUAGCCGGCGGUUCAGCGACGGACGCAUGGACGCCGCCGGGCGCUGGCCUCGGUUGCCAUGACGACAGUGAUGUAUACAGGGACAGAGGCGGCGCGCUCUUUCCCGACGUGCAUUUGAAGCAGGAAUGGCCUCAGCUUGUUGUGGCCGCGUUUGCAGGGCACGGGUAUGAUCUAUAUGUUGUUUGUUCUUGGGAAAGCGAGACGGACUGAUACUUGUUGAGCGGUUUCUAUCUAAAGAGAUUCUCCGACCACGGGCUUUAUUUCCAAAGUUCACUGUUACCCUGACAUUUGGUUUCAUUUGUUGUGGCUUAUUGGUUCCGAGGUGUUCAGGUGCUUGUUACUGUUACGUCACGUUUAUUCAUGUAAUCGCAUGGUUGUGAAGUCCGUCAAAUUUCGUGUGUGUAUAUGUAUAUUACACCGAUGACAGCGCGGCUCAUAGCAGUAAAGCUCUUGUCGCAUAUCUCCAGUCUUUUGAUCACAUCCUUGUGGCCGAGGGUCCCGACCAUAACUUGUAGCAAUGGGGACACAACUACUGUUGGCUUAGGUACACGCUUUAUCAGCUGAAUAAACUGUAUACGCCGAAAGUGUUUUUCCGUACGUGUUUUUACGUGUCUCGC